AUCUCUUCAUCCUCACCACUCAGAAUUUCCCACUACCCUUCCCCGUUCUCGUAACCGUUUAGCUGCUUCAACACUGUGGUUCCUGUUGUCGCUCUCAACCACUCCGGGCUGUAAUAUUUUCACUACUGCCCACCCACCAGCACCACCCUCAGCCUCCUGCCGGGGCAACAACAAGUUGCUUCUGCUGCUCUCUCCUCUCGUUUCUGUUGCCCACCUAUCCCCAGCACUAUUGUUCCCUCUCUUUCAAUAUACUUUACCAUUUACCCUUUUCCCGCUUUAAAAUAAUAUCUCAGUACCGUACACUUCGGUUGAGGCGUAUCACUAUGGCGGGCAGCCCUGGGUCGCCUCCCCCCGCUCCUGCAAUCAGUGUAUCUUCGCCUUCAUCUGCUAUCCCCGCAAAACGCCCCCUCUCCGACGGGAAUCGCAACGAUCAUGGAAAUGGUAACGCGGUGAAUAGCCACAACUCUUCCUCUCCUCCUAAUUCUACCGUUCACGCGUCCGUCUCAACUCCUCCGACAAAAAAGGUCUUGGAGAGGAAUCAGGCGUGUUUGUCUUGUCGCUCGCGCAAGAGGAAAUGUGAUGGUGGGAAACCGACUUGCGGUGCUUGUGAGCGCCUGGAGAGAAAAUGUCAGUACUCGCAGAAUAGUUCCGCUGCUGUAACAAAGAUCCAUUCGUCAUCUUCGGCAUCUCAUCAGACUCAGAAAGCCAGCCAACCUUUACAACAAUGGGCUCCAAAUGCGACAAACGAAGAUUCUCAGGCGCUCCAGAUCGGGGCUCCUCCCCCGCGUGCAGACCGCUCCGAACAUGUGCCCGCAAAUACAGUGGUCGCUUCCACCGUCGCCUCAGGUGUUGCGGUCCCGAACCACAAUACUUUCACCCCGAUCAACCUUGAGUCUACAUCGCAGCCCCCCAUGGUUAACGGGAAUUCCGGUCUGCGCCAUGAGGUUACUCAAUCUUGUGACUCGAGCAAAAAUUCCAAGAGGCCUUAUGACAAUACCGCCUCGAACCAGGCAGGUAAUUUUGCCUGUCAAUUCUUGCAAGCUUCUCCGUUUGUGGGGUUGGAUGCUAUUAACAUCGUGCCCUGGGGUUCGCCGGCUGGGGUUGGCGCUUGGGAUGAUAGGCCUAAAAAGAACAAAAGCCUUUCGCCUCAAGAUAUAGAGACCCCUGAGAGCACUAAUAGUGCGAUUACAUUGGUCAACAAUGAUGCAGGAGGUGUGCUUGAGGAAUUACCGUCACACGAUACUAUCGUGGAGUUGUUUGAAUUGUUCUUUGACCAAGUUCACCCAAUCAUUCCAUGUCUUUACCGAAAGCAAAUUCUCGCCGACAUUCAGCCAGGCGGUAGUUUGUCCAAACCGCUUCCUUUGGUGUUUGUGGUUUUGGCAUUGGCUUCCCUGAUCCAUCCUGCGCCAGCUGUGCAGGAUAGAUCAGCUCGUUGGCAUGCCGCCGCCAAGCGCGGUUUCGAUGCUGCAGUUACCCGUGGCAAUUAUUCUCUUGAUAAUGUUCAAGCUUCGAUCUACAUAUGCAUGUACUGUUUUGUUACAGCCGAACUGUCUGAGUUGUGGAUAUUCCUUGGCAAAGGUUAUCGCAUGUCGAAUCCGCUUGGUUUGCAUCAGAUUGAUUCCCCGCGAAGGGGAAGGUUUCAGGGCUUCCUGCCACAUCCGAAAUCGGAACAGGAUCUCGAGGAGAGGAGAAGGGCUGCUUGGGGGCUAUAUGUCUUAGAUAGUUUUUGUUCGUGCUCGUGCGGUUGGCCUUUGGCUAUCAAUGAUCGUGACUUUUGUGUGAAUUUCCCUGUCGAUGAAGAUGUAUUUCAGAGCGGGGAGAUCGAGAAAAUGUCACAUAUCGUCGUGGAGCCAUUUGCGCAUAAUUUGGCUGACCUGAUCGGCCCUACGAGCGCCUCAUCUCCACCAAGAGGACCCUUUCACUAUCUCUGCAAGCUCGCGGUUCUCAUUGGCCGUAUUGUUUCGUAUCACAACUCUCCCAUUGCUCCGACCGAUAAUACGGACUUUGAGUCCCUCGAAACGACUCUCGCACGUUUCCGACUUUCUCUCCCUAGGAGGUAUCGUAGCAUUGUGGAACUCAGUCCUUCAGAAGUGACACACGUUACUCAGCUUCAAAUCCUCCUCCACGUCUGUACAAUCCUCCUUUACCACCCAACCGUCCCGGUACCGACUUCACCUCUAUCAUCCUCCUCCGACGGCCAACUCCACCAAAACCGGGGCCAAUCCCCGGGCUCCUCAAUCCACGACCUCUCAUCGGCCGAACCGGCCUUUACCCGCUGCGUCUCAGCGGUGAACAACAUCCUCUCCAUCCUGAGAACACACAUCAACAGCCCGCCGCCAUGUUCACCAACAGGGUCUCUAGUCGUGAUAGAUGUCCUACAAAAUCCCUUCAUCACCCCGUCCCUUUUCCUCUCCGCACGUAUCCUUGCCGUGCGCUGGCUAGAAACUGGUCGGGACAAGGGCGUUCGCGCAAAGAUCGAGUUGAUACUCGGAGUUUUUGAUCGGAUCAAGGAGGUUUGGCCGGACGUUGCAUCAAAGUAUCGAUGCUUGGUACUGGCCGAUAUGGCAAGGGACGGAAAUGGCCUGGGGGGUAUCAGGGGUGGUGGUUCUGGGUUUAUGGGGAAGGAGUGUGCGCCAGCGUGCGUUGGUCCGGAUAGGUGAUUUUGUUGGUCUGUCGAUUCGUGUUCAAGUGCGGAGUGGGGUGUAAUAUUACUUUUCACUUGCUGGGCUUGUUCUUGAUUUCCGCUUCUGGGUUAGCUUACUAUCUUCUCCUCUAUUCCUUUUCUUUGCCUUUUCUUCCCAUCUCAUUUGUCUAAGGGUUCCGGGGUUAGCACGGUGGUAUUUUUUUUCUUUUUUCCCCUUAUUUCCUUGUAUCGUGUUUUAUUAUCGUACUCCCCUCUUCCUCUCCUUUCCUUUCCCUUACCUCUGCGCUAUUUCUUUGCUUCGGGUUUUGCGCGGAUCGUCGCCGAUAGAGGAUAAUGAAAAUCUUUUCUUCAUUUCUUUUCUCUCUUCACCUUUUUCAUCUCCCCCCUCCCUCAGCGUGGUGUCAAAAAGGAGUAAGUGUCGGUCAUGCCUUGUCACUCGAGUUUACCAUUUUGCGCUUGGUUUCAUUUCGUUCUAUAUCUGUUACCUGGUUUGGUUUCUUGUUUUUUUUGGGAUGGGUGGGGACGGGCCAGUCAAUGAAGUCCUUUUUUUCGAGAAAAA